UUGUCCUCUCGCACCUGCUCAGCCCUCUACGCUGUCGUCCAAGAAUGGCCGCUGCCGCAGCAGGAAUAAACAAGCAGGGCGCCUUAGCGACGAUGGAGCCCUGUAUCCGACACGGGAGGGGAGCUCACGGAGGCUCGGUGAAGGUGCUGGAGUGUGGAGUGUGUGAGGACGUCUUCUCUCUCCAGGGAGACAAGGUCCCUCGUCUCCUCCUCUGUGGUCACACCGUGUGCCACGACUGCCUCACCCGGCUGCCCCUCCACGGCCGGGCGGUCCGCUGCCCCUUCGACAGACAGGUCACCGAGCUGGGUGAUUCUGGAGUUUGGGGUCUGAAGAAGAACUUUGCUCUGCUUGAACUCCUGGAGCGACUCCAGAAUGGAGCGAGCAACCAGUCGGGGCUGGCGGAGGACGCCCUGAAAGGCAUGGGAGAAUGUAUAAUCCGGUGUGACGAGGACGAGAGCCACACGGCCUCCAUGUACUGCACCGUGUGCGCCACCCACCUGUGUGCCGAGUGCUCCCAGCUCACCCACUCCACCCGCACGCUGGCCAAACACCGCCGGGUGCCGCUUGCCGACAAGCCGCACGAGAAGACCCUGUGCCACCAGCACCAGGUCCACGCCAUCGAGUUCGUCUGCCUGGAGGAGGCCUGUCAGUCGGGGCCGCUCAUGUGCUGCGUGUGCAAGGAGUACGGCAAGCACCAGGGACACAAGCACGCUGUUCUCGAGUCUGAAGCGAAUCAGAUCCGUGCGUCCAUUCUGGACAUGGCUCACUGCAUCCGCACCUUCACAGACGAAGUGUCCGAGUACUCGAGGAAGCUGGUGGGCAUCGUGCAGCAGAUAGAAGGCGGGGAGCAGAUAGUGGAGGACGGUGUCGGCAUGGCGCACACCGAGCACGUCCCCGGCACGGCAGAGAGCGCUCGGUCCUGCGUCCGGGCGUACUUCGCGGACCUCCACGAGACUCUGUGCCGGCAGGAGGAGAUGGCGCUGAGCGUGGUGGACGCUCACGUCAGGGAGCGGCUGAUCUGGCUGAGGCAGCAGCAGGAGGACAUGACCAUCCUGCUGUCGCAGGUCUCCACCGCCUGCAUGCACUGCGAGAAAACACUGCAACAGGACGACUGCAGAGUCGUGCUGGCGAAGCAGGAGAUCAACUGUUUGCUGGAGACGCUUCAGAAGCAGCAGCACCAGUUCAUGGAGCUGGCGGAUCACAUUCAGCUGGACGCCGGCAUCCCCGUCACCUUCACUAAAGACAACAGGGUCCACAUCGGUCCGAAGAUGGAGAUCCGCGUCGUGACUCUCGGGCUGGACGGAGCGGGAAAAACCACGAUCCUCUUCAAGCUGAAACGAGACGAGUUCAUGCAGCCCAUCCCGACCAUCGGUUUCAAUGUGGAGACAGUUGAAUAUAAGAAUUUGAAAUUCACCAUCUGGGACGUGGGUGGAAAACAUAAGCUGAGACCUCUCUGGAAGCACUAUUACCUGAACACCCAAGCGGUGGUGUUUGUGAUCGACAGCUGUCACAGGGACCGACUGAUGGAGGCUCACAGUGAGCUCGCCAAACUACUGACGGAGAAAGAGCUCAGAGACGCCUUGUUGCUCAUCUUUGCUAACAAACAGGACGUUCCCGGCAUUGUGUCUGUGGAGGAGAUGACGGAGCUGCUGAGCCUCCACAAGCUGUGCUGCGGGAGGAGCUGGCACAUCCAGGGCUGCGACGCCCGCAGCGGGAUGGGCCUCCACGAGGGGCUGGACUGGCUCUCCAGGCAGCUGGUGGCCGCCGGCGUCCUGGACGUCGCCUAACCGUUUAAAAAACAACCCGUCUCCGAGCCCUGCUCACCGCUUCUCCCUCCACCUGAUAUUACCUUUUAGGACUGCGGCUUUCAGCCUCAUCUCUUCCUUCUUUGUGCACCGAUGUGGGCAGAGAGAACAAAGAUGUAAAUACUUUCUGUAACGUCACCGAAUCAGAACAAGAACUACAAAAACCUGAGAAAUAAACCCCAAAAACACGAGUUAAGACUUUAAACUCCCAUCCUGCUUCAUGUGAGGCAGCUUAACUCGUUAGCUUUUCUUUGUUCUAACACCUUUGAUCUUCUAGCAUCUAUAGCUAGCCGACAGUAAAGCGAUCACAACGCUCCCUCUGUACUUCCUAUCUCACGGUAUUCAUCAUAACCACCUCCAUGUGUGACGGUAAUCCUAACUAAAAGCAGAGUAGUGUGUAGUGUUAGUAUCAUUUACGUACCUUCUGUUGGUUCAGUAUACUCGAACACAUCAUAAUCCUGAGAAACGUCCUCCUUCAAGCUGUGUUCAGUGUGUUUAGACGGGACAGAGAACUGACGGGCGAACGUUCACACUUCGCCUUCAUCUAAUGUGAGCAGUCGCUGUUUCACCGGCUCUUAAGUUAUGUUUGUGUGAACCUAUUUAAUGCCACAGCUGGUCUUGAAAUGGCGCACCGGUAGAGUUUUCUGUUACAGAGCAAACCUUAUUUAUGAGCGGGAACGUUACUUUUUUUUUUUAUAAUGCACCGAUUCUGCCUCCGUUUUCUUGUGGAGCCUCUGAUGCACUCGUCUGCUUCCUCACUACACACUUUUAUUUGGGAGCAAAUGAACUACCUGCUGUUUCUUAGACUGAGGAUUAAUCUCUCCGCAAAUAUAAUAAUCAAAUUCAUGUCCUGUUUGUUUGUGUUCAGGAGAUGGAACACCUUUAAUCAACAGCCUUCAGUAAUGAUGUAAUGUGAAACUUUCAGCCUGACCACUGACACUCGUCUCGUUAUUAAGGACCCAUUAUUUGACUUCAUCUGUAUUCAUUGCUAUGUAAUGUUUACUACACGUAUCUAUGUAUAAAAAUACUAAUAAAAUGCACGCGUGAAAAGCCUUUCCACAUAGUUUGUGAAAACAUUUGUUUUUUUGAGACGUAGAAGCACAACGCGCAUCAAACCCUUUGUUACCAGUGGACUUUAAACGGCUUUUGUAAAUUAUUCAUAAUGUUGUUGCUGUAAAAUAAACUAACUGACUUGA